AUGUAUGAUUUGGGUGUUAGAGGUGCUAAAGCAACUGAAGUAUUUGUUCUUGACCAACAAGAUAAUUUUGAUGACCUUGGAGAAAUAUAUGGUUUGGUUUUUCUUUUUAAGAUGAUAGGUGAAGUAACAGGAGAUGUAAAAGGUUUACAUAAAGGUACCGAUUAUGAACCUGUUGAAGAAUACCCCCCAAACGUGGUAGAAAAUGCUUGCGCUACUCUUGCUGUGUUGAAUAUCAUAUUGAAUUGCCCACAAAUAGAAAUAGAUCAAGAAUUAAAAGAAUUUAAGGAAUUCACUUGGGAUCUUCCACCAGCUACUAGAGGUUUUUCCAUAACUAAUCAUCCGACUUUACGUCAAAUUCAUAAUUCAAUGGCCCGACAUCCAGAAGAUUCACUGAUAGUUGAAGAGCCAAGCAAGAAAGGUGGUUCUGAAGAUGAAGGCGGUGGUGAAGUUUAUCAUUAUAUUGCUUAUGUUCCCAUUGAUGGUGAAGUUUGGCAAUUAGAUGGUUUAUAUCCACAUCCCGUCAGCUUAG